CGCCCCGAACGCCAUUAGUACAUUCAACACCAAACUGCCAAGCAGUCAAGAUGUCGAGCUCUAAACUAGCCCUUCUUAUUCUGGUCAUUGCCUGUUUGUUCCUCAUCGCAUGGGCACGACCCAGGUCGAGAUCUUCAAUAUUCAAUGAGGUCACAUCACUGCCGGCGGAGAGGAGAAUGAGCAACGAAAUCAUGGACCAGAUAUCACCCAUGAGGAGGCCACACAGGAGGGAUUACUUCGUGAAGAGGCGCCCGCUCAUCAGCUCUAGGAUGAUGAUGUCCAGAAGUCCCUUCCUCGAACGUCUCUACAACGAUCCAGUGCCAGAGAUUGCACCAGGUGGAGCCAACUACUUUGGCAAUGACGUCCUGCCGCUUUCAACCUACGAGAUCCUGGAACCAGAGUCAUUGUAUUAGAAAUAAUCAUAAUAAUGUAAACGAAUUAAAUUAAAUUUAAUUUUACAACUGACAUUUUGUUCAUACAAAGAACGAAAAAUAUAAUUGAUAGUUUGAUAAAUAAAA